AUGACGAUGGGUGCCACCAGGAGCCAGGCCCAGACAGCCUCGAAUCUGGCAGAGCAGAUCCUGGCCGACUUCCAGCUGCAGGAGGCUGACUUGAAGAAGGUGAUGCGGCGGAUGCAGAAGGAGAUGGCGCGGGGCCUGCGGCUGGAGACCCACGAGGAGGCCAGCGUGAAGAUGCUGCCCACCUACGUGCGCUCCACCCCAGAGGGCUCAGAAGUCGGGGACUUCCUCUCCCUGGACCUGGGCGGCACCAACUUCAGGGUGAUGCUGGUGAAGGUGGGGGAGGGCGAGGAGGGGCAGUGGAGUGUGACAACCAAACACCAGAUGUACUCCAUCCCCGAGGAUGCCAUGACCGGCACUGCUGAGAUGCUCUUUGACUACAUCUCCGAGUGCAUCUCUGACUUCCUGGACAAGCAUCAGAUGAAGCACAAGAAACUGCCCUUGGGCUUCACCUUCUCCUUCCCCGUGAGGCAUGAAGACAUCGACAAGGGCAUCCUCCUCAAUUGGACCAAGGGCUUCAAGGCCUCUGGAGCAGAAGGGAACAACAUCGUGGGGCUCCUCCGCGACGCCAUCAAACGGAGAGGGGACUUUGAAAUGGACGUGGUAGCAAUGGUGAACGACACAGUGGCCACAAUGAUCUCCUGCUACUAUGAAGACCGCCGGUGUGAGGUUGGCAUGAUUGUGGGCACAGGCUGUAAUGCUUGCUACAUGGAGGAGAUGCAGAACGUGGAGCUCGUGGAAGGGGACGAGGGCCGCAUGUGCGUCAACACUGAGUGGGGCGCCUUUGGGGACUCCGGUGAGCUGGACGAGUUCCUGCUGGAGUACGACCGCGUGGUGGACGAGAACUCCCUGAACCCCGGCCAGCAGCUGUACGAGAAGCUCAUCGGCGGCAAGUACAUGGGCGAGCUGGUGCGGCUCGUGCUGCUAAAACUCGUGGACGAAAACCUGCUUUUCCGCGGGGAGGCGUCGGAACAGCUGCGCACGCGCGGCGCCUUCGAGACGCGCUUCGUGUCGCAGGUGGAGAGCGACUCAGGCGACCGCAAGCAGAUCUACAACAUCCUGAGCACGCUGGGGCUGAGGCCCUCGGCCACCGACUGCGACAUCGUGCGCCGCGCCUGCGAGAGCGUGUCCACGCGCGCCGCGCACAUGUGCGCCGCGGGGCUGGCGGGCGUCAUUAACCGCAUGCGCGAGAGCCGCAGCGAGGACGUGAUGCGCAUCACCGUGGGCGUGGACGGCUCCGUGUACAAGCUGCACCCCAGCUUCAAGGAGAGGUUCCACGCCAGCGUGCGCAGGCUGACGCCCAGCUGCGAGAUCACCUUCAUCGAGUCGGAGGAGGGCAGUGGCCGGGGUGCGGCCCUGAUCUCGGCGGUGGCCUGCAAGAAGGCCUGCAUGCUGGGCCAGUGACAGCGGAGGCCCCCAGGCAAGGAGGCAGCAGUGGCUCGCUGGACCUGGGCCCCAAGGGACUUGCUCCCCACGGGUGCCCCCAGCCUCGCCCAGGAAAGAGGUCUCUCUUUGUAAGGACCCUGGAUGUGUCCCAUCCCCACUGCCACCCCGAAAGAUGGGGAAAGGCCCGCGGGGGAUUUGGGGGCCCCUCGGCAGACCUUUUCUCUCAGAGGUUGGUGGGACAGCCCAGGGUCCUGACUGGGUUGGGGGCUGAGGUGAGCAGGCAUGGAGACCCCCAGAGCCCCUCACCUGUCUCACUGCAAUCAAGGACCCAGAAGGGAGUUGCUCAUUCAGGACUUGGCUGCAUCUCUGUACUGCCUCCUCUUGGAGCCUUCAGCUUGACUCAGCCUCUACCGGCCCUGCUCUGGGAGGGGGCUGUGCUCUGGACCCUGCUCCUGCCUGGGAACUCAACCCACUGGGGAGGCAGCCUAGCUGACCUGGCCAGACCUACACCGGGGUUCCACGGGGGGCCAGAGGCUGCCGGUCACCCAGGCCUGGCUGUUUUCUUGCCUGGGACUGGGAAAUGCCACAGCGGAGGCUGCUUGUACCCUGAGGCCUGGAGUUGGUAGCCCUUCUGCUCUCCUGCCGCCAUCCAUGAGUGGUUUGUGGUUCUGGGAUGGACCCUCCCAGGUGGUGCGAGACACAGGGCCCCCAGAGGCCCUGCCUGCCCAGAGGGACCCAGGGUGAGGAGGACUUCCCCCUCCCACCCCCAGGCAGGCCUGGGGGCACCUCCGUGGUGGAGGCCUAAGCUCCCACAGGGCUGGCCUGGAAAAAGAUGUCAGCACCCAGCGCCCAAGGGACCACCCGGGCCUCUCUCUUCUCACCAGACUUCUGUGUGCCACACCAGCCUCUCAUGCCCAACCUGGGACUGUGUGGUUUUUUAAGUAAACGUUUUAAAAACUUAGAACAUGGCGUUGACAAGUGUUCUUUGAUCUUUGUGCAUAAGGACUGUGGGACAACAUGGAGACGUGGUCACAGGUGCACAGAUGCUCUACAACCUGGGUGCCUCGGAAUUCGCCACCCCCUCCAGCCAGCCGUGCCAGGGAGUGUGAAGGGACACACGGGCUGUAGGGAUAGAGGUGGCAUCGGCGGGCGGGUGGUCAGACGCACCGGCUUGCCCCGGCCCCCGGCUAACCGUCUGUGGGCUGUGCGUGUGGACCUGUGGGCUGUGAUUGCCCCUGGGGGUGCCUGGGAAGGAGUUGGG